AGCUGCUUCUCUCUGUUUCUUGAGAAUCUGUUAAAGCUUUUCCCGUCUCUGUGAUGAUAUUGUUUUGACUUCUUGGCUUCCAUGUUUGGAAAUAAACCAAACAAAUUGCCUUGUUCUUUGUGUGUUUUUUCAUCUCUGUGAUGUGUAAAUGAUUAGGUUGCUUUGUUUUGAUUACAAUGAUCAUGAUGACAAUGUUUGGUCCGUGAGGUGAGUGCCUUGGGGCGUCAUGGUGAAAUGUUCUAACCAUCUGGAAUGGAGCGCCCUGCACUUGUUAAAACACAGGGUAUGUGUGUGAAUGUAUAGGCUAUUUCUUUUUUUUUUUUUUUUGAACAAGUAUAGGCUAUUUCUACAAUGAAUUUAAAACUGGUCUAUGAGCGUUACAAAAGAAUUGCCACUGUAUAAUCUGUCACCGAGUCUAAGAAAACAUGCUUAAGUUGUCACUCCUUAUACUGUAUAAGGGCAGGAAAAAACACGAACAAAAACAUGAGUAACACGUUUUGUGAUGAUUUAGUGGCAAACUAAAGAUCAAAUUAGUGAACGCGGUUCUUGUCUCUCACAUAAAGACAAAGACAAAAUAGCAUCUAAAAAAACACCCACGUUAAUACCGCCCGCUUUGGCUUUCUAAAGAAUUGAAGUCAACAAUCUUUUGAAUGUUUAUAACGACAAUCAAAACCUCUUUUCGUAUGAAAUGAAAAUAGCGGCAGCCUGCAGAAUGUGUUCAUGCUACUAGAUGAACAGUGUCAUGUCACUAAUGUAUAUAUGUAGGAGGUAUCAAGGUCACAGAACAAUAUCACCACUUACCACAAUUAAAACGCAAAAGCAAAACAAACGAAAGGAUGAUAGGAACCAUCUUUCUUCUCUUCUUUUCUAUUUCAAGUUUUUCAUACACUUCUGCUUCUCUUACACUGUGCCGUCCCGACCAAAGGGACGCACUUCUCGACUUCAAGAGUGAGUUUGAGCUUCGCAACCCUCCUGAGUUUUAUGAUGAGGAAAGUCAGGAUACUUGGACCUUGUUCAGUGUCACCUGUUAUCCCAAGACAAAAUCAUGGGAAAACAGUACCGAUUGUUGUUAUUGGAAGGGUAUCACAUGUGAUGCUAACUCAGGUGUGGUGAUUGGGUUAGACCUUAGUUGCAGCUGUCUCCACGGCCAUUUCAAACCCAGUAGCAGACUUUUCAGUCUACGCCAUCUCCAGAAUCUGAACCUUGCUUACAACGAUUUCAGUGGCUCUUCAAUCCCGACUGAGAUCAAUAAACUCAUGGGGUUACAAAGACUUAACCUUUCCCACUCUUCCUUUUUUGGUACAAUUCCAGCGGAAAUUCUUCACCUGACCAAGUUGGUUUUUCUCGAUCUUUCUUCUACUUUUAUGGAUUCUCAGGUUCUCUUAUCCACAAAAAAAUCAUUUCUUUCUCAACUUGCACACAACUUAACAAACCUUAGACAACUUGAUAUGAGCUAUGUAAACCUUUCCUCAGAGAUUCCUCAGAUGAUGAUCUCAAACCUGACUUCUCUAAGAUCAAUCCGCCUUCAUCAUUGCCACUUAUUUGGCAGACUUCCACGGCUGAGUCCUACCAUUCAAUCCAUUGAUUUGAGUAUCAAUCCAUAUCUAGAAUACUCUCUCCCAGCAUUCAAUGGAAAUAACUCUCUUGUAUAUUUGGACUUUUCUGAAACAUCUCUUUCCGGGAGCUUACCAGACUCUAUCAGCAACCUCAAACACUUGAAGGCUUUGAAACUUUACGGCUGCAAAUUCACAGGGAAGAUUCCAUCUUCAAUUGGAAACCUUUCUCAUCUCAGCUUUCUCAACCUUGGUUUAAAUAACUUUGGUGAUGGCAUCCCAUCUUCAUUUCAGAAUCUGAACCGAAUGACUCACUUAGAGCUGCAAGAUAAUAAGCUCAGCGGAGAAAUUCCCACUGCACUAUUCAAUCUACCAAAGCUGUCAGUCUUAACACUUUCCUUCAAUCAGUUCACAGGCACGCUUCCUCCUAACAUCACUUCACUCUCCAACUUGAGUUUCUUUGACGCAGAGUCAAACUCUUUCUUUGGAACAAUCCCUUCUACUUUCUUCAACAUUCCUUCUCUAGUGAGUCUUCGUUUGGGUAAUAACCAACUCAAUGGCCCUCUUGAGAUUGGGAAUGUAUCUUCAUUGUCUAAGCUUCGAAUGUUAGAUCUUUCAAAGAACAAUCUCACAGGACCAAUCCCUAGAUCCAUAUCCAAAUUAGUCAACCUUGUGUAUCUUGAUCUUUCCUAUUUCAACAUCCAAGGCCCACUUGACGUUGGUAUCUUCUUGCGUCUCACGUUGCUGGAAGAUCUUACACUAUCCCACUUAAACGCCACCACUGCGAUUGAUUUGAACGCAAUUUUAUCCUCGCCUCUCAAGUCGCUGUCUAGCUUGGAUCUCUCAGGCAACCACGUUUCACUAGAAAACAUGAGUUCAGUUUCCACCAUUUCAUCGCAGUUGCAACGUUUGUUUAUGUCUAGCUGCGGUAUCACAGUGUUUCCAGAGUUCAUAAGAUCCCUACGACAAAUCUAUGCCAUAGACCUUUCUAACAACAACAUCAAAGGUCAAGUGCCCGCAUGGUUAUGGAGACUACCAGAAUUAUAUGUUGUUAGUCUUUCCAACAACACUAUCAGUGGUUUCAGAGAAUUCCCAAAAGAUCUCUCAAGAACGAAGAUAUAUUUAAUAUAUCUGAGCAAAAACAACUUCUCUAGAGAGAUCCCCAUAUCAAUAUGUGAAAUGAGCUCUCUAGGAAUCGUUGAUUUAUCAAACAACAACUUUAACGGAUCUGUUCCACAGUGCCUCAUCAAGAAGAUGUCUCUUACAGUUUUGAACCUGGGUAACAAUCACCUCAGUGGAAAACUAGCAGACAUAUUUCCUAAAGACUGCAACCUAAGGUCACUCAGUGUUGGUCACAACCAAUUGGUGGGGAAACUUCCAAGAUCUCUGUCGGAUUGCUCUUCACUGGAGGUUCUAAACAUGGAGCACAACAGAAUCAACGACACUUUCCCAUUCUGGUUAGGAUCCUUACCAGAGCUAAAAGUAGUAAUCCUCCGCUCGAAUGAGUUUCAUGGGUCAUUACAAUACCACCACCACCCAAAGGUUGCAUCUGUCUUUCCUCUGCUGCGAGUCAUCGACAUAUCAGACAACGACUUCACGGGAACGUUACCGUCAGACUUCUUUAUGUACUGGAGUGCUAUGCACUCGGAAGGAGAUCGUUCGGAACUGAAGUACAUUGGAGGCAAGUCCUAUUACCACGACUCAAUGGUGUUGAUGAACAAAGGAAUAGAGUUGACCUACACCAGGAUUUUUAAACUCUUGACAGCUAUUGAUAUUUCGGGAAACAUGCUCCACGGAAACAUACCUGAAUCUAUCGGUCUACUGAAAGCUCUUAAAAUGCUAAACCUAUCAAGCAACGGUUUUGUCGGAAACAUGCCUUCCUCUUUGGCGAAUCUGGUUCAGAUGGAGUCACUAGACUUAUCGCAUAACAAGCUCUCAGGCCACAUUCCUCAUGGUCUCGCUCAACUCACAAGUCUAUCUACCAUAAGGAUUUCGCACAACAAGCUCGUGGGGAUGAUUCCAAAAAGCACACAGUUUCAAACACAGAACGCUUCGGGUUUUGAAGAUAACUUUGGACUCUGUGGUGCUCCUCUUGGUGAGUGUGGAGUUGGGAAUGAUGACCAGCCGCGGAUCUGAAGGAAGUUGCGACUCUUGAAGCUCUGACUUCAAAGGACAAGAAGGUGGUGGCUCUUAAGGAGGCUAAGGUAAGCUCGAGGAGAGGUCCAAGACUGGGAAAAACAGGUGGUUCUUUCCCAAGCUUAGGUUCUGAGAACCCAUUUUGUAGCUUAGGAUGGUUUAAGACUUGAUUUUGAAAUUUGAGCCAUGGCGAUGAGCAAAACGCCUUUAGGCAUCUCCAUAAAGCGCUAGUUUGAUGUGCCAUAAGGGCAACAAGGCGACACCGUACCGUUUCUUGUGGCUAAGUUAGUCUGUUGGCUGUAUAACUUUUCUCCUUGACACCUAAAUAGCCUAAGAACAGCUGUGAAUGAUAGAGUUCUCUUCAGAAACUUGAAGCUCUUGCUUCCACUUCCAGUUUUAUUAAAGAUUGUUGCGCUGGCUUCUUAGUUGCCAAUCUUUGUUUAUUGGCUUGUUUUGAUGCAUGAGCUACUUCUCACUAUUUCUUGAGAAUCUGUUAAAGCUUUACAAUCUCUCUGAUAUUGUUUUACCAUGGUGAAAAUAAACCAAACAGAUUGCCUUGUGUGUGUUUUUCAUUUCUGUUCUGUGUAAUGAUGAAGGGGGCACUGUGUCAGAUUACAAUAAUCAUGAUGACAAGGUUCUAACCAUCUGGACAUGGAGUGCCCUCCACUUAUUAAAACACAGGGUAUGAGUGUGAAUGUGUAAGGCUAUUUCUACAAUGGAUUUACAAAA